AUGCCAGUUAAAAAGUCUCUUCAGGAUGGGUCGAGGUCCUCCGAGCUUGGUCGCUCAGCCAGCUACAACCACAUCCCCCAGUUGCUCAUCGACAGUGAAACCGCUAGCAUCAAGAGAACCAUCUCAGAAGUGAACCUCUCUCAGCUUGCCGCUGAUGCGCAGUCGCCUACACAGCAGAUUGACGUCGAGACCGGGAAGAGUAUCCUGCGGCAGGCCUCGCUAAGAGAGAAAGCUGGUAGACGCCCCGUCCGCAACACGCAGCCACCUACAGACAAAAACAACAAAACCACAACCACCGAUAAUAAUAGCAACAGUGAUACCCCUUUACCCUCUGCCAAUAUCAGUCCGAGUGUCGAGGUGACCGCGGCGCCCAGAGUGUCUGCAGAACGUCCCCGCAAGGCCUUCUCUAAGUCGUCGUUCGCAAACUUGACCCUUAAGCCAUGGAAGACCUCUCGGUCACCCUCGCCUGUUUCCAUGCCCUCUACCUCUUCCGACCCAAAAUCGACAAAUACAGCUCUAGAAAAAACACCAACGGCAGGAUCUUCUGGCACGAGCACGCUGUCUGUCAGGACGAUAGACUCCACUACAAAUAGUACAGCAUCGGACUCUACAUCAACGUCGCCUGUCGAAUCUACCGGCACGACAACACCUAAACGCGGCCGGAGACCGGCCAGCAUUAUCUCUCUCAAAGGAAAAAACCAGAUGGAGUCCAAGGGUAACAGGGAUUCCUCACAACACUCUCUACGCCGAAGAGCGUCCUGGGAUCGGCUGGUGGCCUCUGUCAGCUUAUCCAGCAGUAAACAGGAUGUCCCUCCAGUCCCCCAGGUUCCCGUAUCCCAGCCCACCCGCGCAAAGCCAGAAUCUCCAAAGAAGAAGGACGAGCUCUGGCAUGUCUUUAGAGCACUCGAUGUGGACUACCAAAAAUUUGCCUCGAAAUCGACAUCCCUCAAAGUCAAUGUUCUACGCUCCUCACUGCUACCCGUCCUUUCUCGUAUCUUGAAUCAUCCAUCCAAUCACAGGCUCCGGCCGGAAGAUCUGGACAGGCGCACAAACAUACUGAACAGGUGGUGGACUGGGUUACUGGAGCUGCUAAACGGACGCAAUGGCCAGUCUAUCACAGGAACAGACAGGCCUGUCUACCUGGAAUCAAUCGUCGCCAUAAUGACUCGGCCGGAAUGGAGAGUGCCUUUCCAGUCAAACGUCUCGGGCUCAUCCUCUACCUCCACCUCGAGAGUAGACCUGGCUGCUAGAUCCCAUACCUCCCUGGAGUCAACAGGAUCCGACUUUCUAGCAGAAUCAAUCCAUCAUAACAUCCGCAACACCUUCAACCAAAACCUACUCUCCCAGAUCGCCUAUUCCAUUGAUCGAAUGUCCGUAAGGCAUACGCCGGCAAGCUUGGUCUCCUUUUGUGGAAAAACUUGCGCAUACGCCUUUUUCUUCUGUCCUGACGUUGCCGGCGUGCUUAUCCGGCUCUGGAAUAUACCACCUACCAUUUACCGGAAUGUGAUAAAUGAGUUCGACGUUGGCCACAAUCAUGUCCUCAGAGGAGUCAUGGCAGAGGAAAUAUCAUCCCAGUUUCCCCCCGCUGUGCGAACCCUUUCAUUUUCUGGUCAUUCAUCCUUUAUACGCUCCCUACGGCGUAAUACUAUGGUUCCUCUUGCCGCUGCUCAAAUUAACUGGUUCGGUCCAUGGGCGCCUCGUUGGGCCGGCCGUGAUACAGACCUCUUCUUUAUCUUUUUAAAGCAUUUCUAUCUCCUCAUUACAGACAUGUUGCCUGCAAUCAGUGACAUGUCAAAAAGGAUAUAUGUUCCCGGGUUCAUUCCGGUACAUGCACAGAUGCUAAUCGUCUUACAAAACACCCUCAGUAAACACACUGGUCUACAGCCUACGGAUGCACUCCACAGUACCGCGAAUGCCACUUUUGAUGAUCUGUUAGAUGGAGCAGAUACACCUGCAAGCCUGCCUCUGAGGCAAACUAACUCGCUAAUAUUGAUGUCAGAGAGCAGGCUGAUCAUGACACUGCGAGACUUUAUUGCUGACUCCUCAAUGCAGCAGCUGACCAAACAGCUGUUUGUUCAAUCAUUCUGCAACAUACUCAAGCUCGGUGCACGAAAGACAUCUCUGUUUGACCACAAUGCAUGCUUUGCCUUAUGCGACUUUGUCGAGGAACUCAUCCCAUUAAUACCUCCAUAUUGCCGCACGAAUGAUCUGCACGACCCACUCGACUGGGACUUCUGGCUAGAUGUCUGUCUGGAAAUGUUGAAGAGCAACAAUUCACUUACCGAAGUCAGGACUUUUGCCUUCAUAUUUGCCGGCUGGGCGGAGAUUAUCCAUGAUCCAAGGCGGAAGGAGCGGUUAUGUAUAGAUAUGCUCCUUGGCCGUGAACUCUUCACCCGGUAUUUUGGCCAUUGGAGCCCCAUGGUUCGUGGAUACUAUCAUCGAUUGAUCUGCUGGAGGUUAGCUCGGCACGACGGUACCCAACAGUCAGAUCUUGAUAUUCGUAUAUACCAAACCCUGUACGAUAGACUGGGUCAAAUUUGGGAUCAAUUUAUUGCACACCAGUCAAUAGCUGAAAAAGGUCUGGUAGCACCUGUAUCAACCGCCCCCUGUACCCCUGCCCCGGGCCGCCGUCUUAUAAUUAUCCGGAAUGACUAUUUCCCCCCGGCCCCAAGCAUGUUUGUGUGUCUGGAUAACAUACUCCCGCCUUCAGUGGCAGUCCGUCCAUCUAGCAGGGAAUCUCCAAAGCAAACACAGGUUUCAACAUCUGAGGCAGACUCGACAUCACCGCAAAUAAAGAAAACCUGGAAAAUGCUGAGAACUAUAUUUAAGGGCAAUUCGAAUCCCAAACCUGGAGAAGUCACCCCACCCGGAAGCUCUAGUCCAGAGGUUCCUGGUACGGCAACCGUCAACGAAGGUCGCAACGCCAGUGAAAACACAAAAUCUCAACAGGAAGACGGAGCGAACCCCCGUUCUGAACCCGGCUCAAGCACCACACCGCGGCAAGCGUACACUUUCCGAUUUUGUCUGGAAUGGAUCGAUCGUCAGAGAUGGCCGAGUAGAAACAGACAGCUCUACCCGCCUUCACUUCCUGCACCAGCUCGUCUAUUCCUUCACGCACUCCGGAAACCUCCUAUAAACAUAUCAGACUCAAGCUCAGGUUCCAGGUCCCAUUCACGCUCAGGCACCGGUUCCGACAAUGGAUCUGAAACGGACUCCGCUGAAGAGAUCGAAUCUCAGAUAACCAGCGAAGCCUCCGGUACCGAUACCGUCGCUCCCCUGGUAAACAAUGCAUCAAAGAAUCUGUUUGCUGCUGCCAUUCAGCCUCCCGUCAAUGGUCCAAUGAAUAAAUAUGCAGGUCGAGCACUUGCAGAAUGGGCCAUGGUUGUGUCAGAGUGUGAUAAUUUCUUUGAACGAAGGCGCGACGAAGGCGUCCCUUGCGACCGGUUGGUUGAGGUUCCAACACUUGGUGCCGACAGCUUCCGGAAAUAA